UUGGCAGCACAUGGCGAUGUGAUAAUUUACAGGAGUGGUACCACUUUGUCACGUUUUAGGGAUCGCAAGACGAAAACAUGCGAGAAAUACCUCUCUCAUCAUGCGAAAGGGAUUUUAUUUUAAAAACAAUAGCUGAAAAACAGCAGAGACUUGAUGGGAGGCAGCCUUAUGACUACAGGAAGAUGAAGAUAAGCUUUGGAUUAGACAGAGGAUGCAGCCAAGUGGAGAUAGGAGAUACACGGUGCUUGGCUCAGGUGUCAGGAGAAAUCACAGCCCCCAAACAAACCCGUCCAACAGAUGGCAUCCUCUUCACCAAUGUGGAGUUAUCUCCUAUGGCGUGUCCCAGCUUUGAACCUGGAAGAUUGUCAGACUUUGGUGUGGAACUAAAUCGUUUGUUGGAACGGUGCCUGAAGGAGUCCAGGUGUAUUGAUACAGAAUCAUUAUGUAUUGUAGCAGGGGAAAAGGUGUGGACCAUACGAGUUGAUGUCCAUGUACUGAACCAUGAGGGGAAUCUACUGGACUGUGUUAGUGUGGCUGCGAUCACAGCACUGGCACAUUUCAGGAGGCCUGAUGUGACUGUGAAUGGAGAUGAGGUUACAGUGCAUCCUGUUGAGGAGAAGAACCCUGUACCCCUCAGUGUACUGCACAUGCCUCUUACAGUCACAUUCGGAUUCUUCGAGCAAGGGCGAUAUUUACUGGUGGACCCUCUGAGGAAGGAGGAGUUAGUGAUGGAUGGCCAGAUGGUGAUAGGGAUGAACAAACACAGAGAGAUCUGUACACUACAGAUGACUGGGGACAUGCUGCUGCUCAAAGACCAGGUGUUGAGAUGCUCCAAUAUUGCUGUUGUAAAAGUCACAGAGAUUACAGAACUGAUACAGAAGGCUCUCAAGUCUGAUGCCGCAAAAAGAAGCACUGGGGAUAAGGUUGGCUUUACGGAGUUAUAUGAAGCAGUGAAAAUUACCUCCAACGCAAAAGAGGAGGAGGAUGUAGAUAUCAGUGAUGUGAAGGAUGCAGCAAUGGAGGUUGUUAGACAGGGCAAAGAAUUAACAAAAGAGGAUGCCAAACUCAACCAGAAAACUGCUGUGAAAGUUGUGGCCCCUGGGACCGGUCAGAUUGGAGAGGGAGGACCCAACUCAUGGUUGUUAGAUGAGGACUUGGAGAAAGACUUGGAGCAAGAGGAGGCCAUUUUGCAGAAGAAGGGAGAUAACUCUGCAACCAAGAGCAUCCCAAUUGCUCCUGCAGGUGGAGAUAUGGAUGAUGACAGUGAGGAAGAGCCUGUUGUUUUAAACAAUGAAGAUUUGUAUGUCCAAAGAAGGGAGAUGAAAAUAGAAACUCCUGACGAGUCUUCAGUCAAGAAAACAUCCCAAGGAGCCAAGGCUACUUCUCCAGCACCAAAGGCGAAAAAAAAGAAAAAGAGGAAAUCAUGAAGUCUUGAAAUCAUGAAGUCCUGUGGUCAUUAAAGCCUGUGACCUGUGACUGAGUGUUUGUGCGCCAGUCAGUGCCGUACUUUUUAUUGUGAAUACAACUCAUAAAUUUUGACCAUGUUGCAUUUUUUUUUUUUUGCAAUUUUUAAAAGAAUAAAUAAAAUUUCUGUGGACACAGCUACUUGUUUUUAUGUACACUAAAAAUAAAUGUUCCAUUUCCUCUA